UUUUCAAUACGCUCAUUGGGAAAUUCAUUAGUUUUGUUUAAAUGCCUAAGUCUCAAUAUUGACGAGACACUGUUGACAAAAAUCGGUGAGAUAAUCUCUCCACAAUGAACGUUUGUCAGUGAGAAGGAGAUGACGUCUAGGCGUAGAUCAUAAUAAGGCACGGUUGUUACGUACAUAUUCACAUUGCAGGCUAAUAUGUAUGUAGUCGGCUGUUACUUUGUGCCUUUAUGUUGGGUGCUCAUUUUUUUGUGAAUGAGAAAGUAAUAGUAGGUCAUCACAUGUUCCUGAAUUGGUUUCAAUGUCGCUUUUCAACUAACCGUGUUGCCAGUGAUAAUGAAUACAAAAAAAUGAAUCUAAAUUUGUUAAUAGAUUUUAAACAAAAUAGGGUAACGGUAUCCUCAUUCUUAUCACUUCCAAUAAUCAUCUCAUACAAAAACCAUUAGUAAAAUGAAAUAAAGAAAAAGGUAAAAUUAAAUAAAAAAAAUACGGACACUCAACUCAGCUCGUGAGUUAGCACAUGAGUCAGCUCACGAGCUAGCUCCCCAUUCCAACUCAUGAGCCAGUAUUGCGAGCUGGUUCUUCGAAGCAUACGACUCUUGAUCUAUUUUGAUUUUGGAUAGUUCGUGAAAAAAAUGCCCUAAUAGAAGUUUUAUCAUGUUUUGUGUCAAUUGUACUUUGUGGUGAAAAUACGAAGCACAGAACGAAUUUCCGAAAUUUGUGGAACUCCUGAAAGCUAACAAUCGAGAGAACGGUGGAAACCCAUUAAUGAAUUUAGUUUUACGCAACUUAUUUUUACAACAACGAAUACAAAUUCCGUUAUCUAUUAAACAAAAUCUCUUCAUUCACGGAUGUUCCUUGAACUCGUAUGAUCGGGUUUUAUGCUAGAUAAAUAUUGGUAAUCAUUAAAAAUCAUUUUAAAAAUGAAAAUCGAAUUAGGCAUGGGAAUAAUUCUAUUCGAAGAAAGAAUCAUGCUGCUAUUUAAUAACUUGUCCAAUAAUCAACAACAAAAUUAAAAUAUGGAAACAUGAACGAACUCACCGUAAAUUGUGGACAAAAAAAAACAGGAAACAGUGAAGAAAUGGUAUAAUGCGUUUCUUUACUGUUUUCACAUUAUUUCACGAAAGUAAUCGAAAUCGAAAUAUCAAGCAAGAGAAAAAUUCAACCUUACGCGACUAGUGUUAUACACGAACUCAGCUGGUUGUCGUUGUGAAAUGUAAGAAAGGUUUUAUUAAAUCGGAAACCCAAUCACCAUGAUCACCAAUUCUCUGUAAUCGCUAACCCGAAACACAGAAAAUCCUCAAUGAUAAAGAGGCUCAAUGAAUCAAUUCAAUUGAAUACAACAGCAAUGACUAAAUGAGAACUUAGUGUUGUUAGGUUAGGCGAGCAAAAAAAAGGUCCCACGAAUUAGAACUGAGCUUUCGUGAUGCAGCUUUUUUAUUACAGAACAACCGUUCUCGAAAAAAGGUUAAGCGAGCAAAAAAAGGUCCCACGACUUUGAACUGAGGAACUACCGUUCUCGAAAAAAGAACUGCUGCUCAUUCAUUCUUUCAAAAGAGCUAGUUCUUUUGAACCGUUCGCGAACGAAUUGCCCAUCUCUAAUCCAUAGUACUAGCCAUGCAAUGAUUCUGUACACUAAGAAUUGGCAGCGAAGUCUGUUGAAACAGAAAGGCCAAAUUCCACAAAAGGAAUGUAAUGCCAAAACUUUUCAUUAUCGCACCGCAGAAAUUCCCCUGUUAUAAUUGUCUCUCAUGCAUUGGCAUAGAGAAACGAAAGUCACCAAGAAAAUACAUUGAUAAAGACCACCAAAUGAGGUAUCAGUUUCUAAAGACUUUCGAUCAAUUGAACUUAAAAAAUCAUGCUUUAAAUUAUAUUUAAAAAAAACAUUGUAGAGAAACUCUCUGAAAUGCUUCAAGAUACAUAUCUUAAAUAUUCAAUACUUGAAGUCAAGUUAAUUGUUGAUGUAAUAUUUUAUAAACGGAUGAAGUGAUUGUAUAUUGUCAAUUCCAAUUCUAUCGUUUUUACUGGGAACUAUGACUGACAAACCCAACACGAAUGUGAUUAGUGAGAAGGGCCUAGGUGAGGUUGUGAGAAACCUCGAAAAGAAAUGUAUUUAUCAUAACAAGAAGAGCCUGAUAAUUUGACAGUAAAACUCAAAUAUUAAUCAACCAGCAAACAUAAGCCAUCAUUAGAUGCAGAAUAAAAGUGUAGUCAAUUGAGUCCUGUCAAACAGUUUUGGAAACUGUAUAUUCUAUUGUGAAUGUAUACAUCAAUAGCAUAUCUGUACGAACCACAAUGCAAAGUUUGGAACCUGCAUCAUGUCAAGAAGCUGAUUACAUGUUGAAUGAUGCGUACUGUAAACUAAGAAAAUCUCCCUCACGUCAACAAACGUUGUUAAUCGAUCCACCGCCUCAGUAUCCGAGUCUACCUAGUCCUAUUCUGAAUGACAGUACCCCACUGUUCAACACCAGCAGCAGCAGCAGUGCCACCAGUCCUCUGCCAUCGUCAUCAUCAUAUGCAACGCUAAGUGGUAUACAGUCUACUUCACCUCCUGAAACACUUCUCGCAACACCGUCUACGUCGCUAUCCUCUGCUUGUCUGGCUUCUGGUAGCGCCAGUUCGACUUCCCAGUUGUUGAAAUUGUCCGCGAAUAGCAGUGUUACGACCAGCAGUUUAUCACUCAGCAAUCACCAUCACAUCGACAAGAGGGGAGCGACUGACUCCGGCUAUGUCAGUAGCUCCCCGUCAAAAAAGUCGAAAUUAUCAUCCUCGGCAGGAUCAUUGACAUCAAAUGCGUCUGGGUCUUCGUCAAUCAACAGUUCUUCCACCGGCACUUCUGGUUUUGUUGGUAGUAGCAGCAACAAUCACCAUCAUCAUCAUACUCAGCAUCAUGGCAGUGGAAGCAGCGGUAGUAGUCAUCCUUAUGGAUCCUCGGCUUCUCCCUCAUCCGCCAGUCACGGAAUUGUCACUGGACAUUCAUCGACUGGGGGAAACACUCACGCUAACGGAAAAUUUAACAUUCAUGACAAACUUAGGGAAUUGUAUAUUGAAUUACUAGCUGAGGACAAUACUGCAACUAAUAAGCUUAAUUUAAGGAAUACGUCGUUUCUUCUGGAGAAACUGGUGUUGCGAGAAAAUCUCAACACUUUAAUCCUAAAUCUCUAUCCCGGUAAUAAAGGAUAUUCAUUAGCAUUUAGAAGAGGAACUGAACAAUCAUGUGAUGGAGGGCGAAAUAUCUCAAAAAGUGGUGCUAUAUUGUCGGAACGUGCUGGUUCUCCAUUGGCGAGCACAGUAGAUAUCAACACAGAACAGCUCCAGGAGACUAUCCGUUGGCCGUACGAGGAAGAGGAACUGCUCGAGUGCAUUGACCGCGAGGAACUUCCGCUCGUACUUGUCGAUAUGUUCGAGACGAAAUGUCCCGGUUUGUUCUACUCGGGAUGUGUGAUUGCUGAAAUUCGUGAUUAUCGACAGUCAUUUCCUAUCUUCACCUGUGAUACGUACUACGUGUUGCUAAAACCAACCAACCAGAGCUUAUUGGCCGACGUCAAUCUGCUCACGGCAGAUGGUGACUGGAGUCCAGAGGAGAAACUCGCACUGGAGAGUCAGUUGGUUUUGGCAACGGCUGAACCGCUCUGCUUGGAUCCCAACCCGGAAGUUGGUAUAAUGGCUAUCAACCAACAGCAUCGUCGUUACAUUUUCAAUACGGCUCCGAUUCGGCGACAGGCGAAAAAAUUCUCCCAAGUCGCCAUCAAUCGCAAAAGGAAAACAGAUCAGUUCACUCACAACUUCGGUCUGGAGCUGAGCGACUUUAUGACAAAGUACCGAGCGAAACCUCGCCAGUAUGCGGCCACCAAACGAAGCGUGGUUAGUUUUACACUGCCGAAAAAACCCUCGGAUGUCAGUCCAACGGUGAACGUACCAAAUCUUGAACUGCCGGAAUUAGCUGCUCCGACGGAUGUAAACGUGGAGAAAUUUGCCCGGAAAUAUGAUGGACCAAAGGAAAGUCGGGACUGUAUACCGCAGCUUAUAGAAGAAUACAUUCUAGAAACAGAUCGGGUGGUUAGUAGAGGUGAUACCCGAACGUACCAUAUAAAGCUAUCGAUUUUUCAACGACCGUCCAAUUCGGAGUAUUUGGGAGAACUGUACGUUGAUCGGGACUACCGGGAGAACGAACGAAAUGGAGAAGCGUGUCAAUUUACUUUAGGAACCCGAGCGCAUGCACACCGCUACAUACAGCAAUUUACAGAAAUCUUCACGGAAGAAGGCAGAAAGUCGGUCAAGAUCACCCACUUAGUUCCAGGUCAGAUGCCAAAGGUGCUUCAUACUGCAGGAAUGCGAGAACAAAGCGUCCAACAGCAGCAGCAACAACAACAACAACAGCAGCAGCAGCAACAACAACAACAACAACAGCAGCUGCAACAACAAGCAAUUCAUCAACAGCAGGCUCAUAUUCAACAACAGAAAGUUCAAAUGCAGCAACAAAUUUCGCAAAUUCAACAGCAACUUCAGUCUCAUCCUACGCAUGCUUUAAUAACUAGACUGCAAGCAACUAACCCAGCGUUGGUAUCACAAAUUGCUUCAGCUGGUGGAAAUAUAACGAUUAAUGCUACGAGUUCUAAUGCUCUCCCGGGUAACAACCAUCAGCAACAACCACAACAAGCGCAAAUCGUUCAGCAACAGCUUACUCAACCACAAAUCAUAACCACUGGCCCGUCCACCAACAUAAUUACUAUUGGUGGGGCAUCGCUGCAACAACACCAACAGCACCAGCAAAUUCAUCUACAGCAACAGCAACCCCCAACUCAACAGCAGCUGAUAGCAACGACUGCAACUGGACAUCAACAAAUUUUUAACACCUGUGAUACUUCCACCAGUUCCAAUCAACAGCAAACAGCAGGUACCACGAUCACUUUACACCAGCAACAUCAACAGCAGCAGCAACAAGUGCAACAACUACAAGCGCAUACACAUCAACCCCAACAGCAAACGCUUAGUCUUAGCAAUGGAUCGUUAUUACUGGUUCAACCGACAGGCCAAAUCUCGAAUUUGACGGCGACAGCUAGUGGCAGCCAUCAGACUGGUGUGGGUAAUAACCCAGUCGGAACACAAAACAUACAAGGUUUUACUUUUACAUCAACUCCACAAACUGCCACUAUCAUCAAUCAGGGUACUACAAGUUCGGCAGGAAAUCGUGUUCCAUUGCUGGUCAGGCUAGAGAACAAGACUUCACAGCAAUUGCAACAACAACAACAACAACAACAACAGCAGCCAGUUCAGCAUGUUCAAUCCCAACAGCAAAAUCAAAACACUCCCACCACAAUCCACACAAACAAUCCAGAGAUUAACGCCAUCGCUCUUAGUAUAAUGAACUCUGCCAAUCAAUUCCGUCAACAACAACAGCAACAGCAGCAGCAACAACAACAACAACAACAACAGCAGCAGCAACAACAACAACAGCAACAACAACAACAACAGCAGCAGCAUGCUGUGAAGUCAAAUUCGAAUGCCGCUAUCAUAAGUUUACUAAACAGCGCUCCAGCUGCUAUGACAAAUUCUUCUGUGUUAAGCAGUAGUUUGACCUUGCCAGUCGGAAAAACUGGCACUGAAUUACAUCAACAACAAACAGCUCAACAGCAGCAACAGCACACGAUACAUCACCACCAGGCUACCGGCACGACAACAAUAUCGGGCAGUGCGGCAGCUGCUUUGUUCAAUAGCGUUGGAGGGCGUAAAAUUCAAAUACAACAACCCGCUGGGCAAAGGAUACUGAAUCACACAAAUCUGAUUGCCGUUAGUAGUAAUCCAGCCAAUGGUGGAAUGGGACAAACGCAGUUAAUCAAUAUUCAAUCGGCUCCAAAUAGUGUAGCUGAUCAGCAGCAGCAGCAACAACAACAACAACAACAACAACAGGUGCAACAGCAUAUGCAGCCAUCUAACAUUCGUGUAACAAUGUCUGCCCUGGCUUCCCAACUUGCGUCGCCUCCUGCCAUUCUCACCACAUCAAAUCUUCCACAAAGCUUUAAUGUAGUUGCUGCUACCGGUAAUUCUACAGGCCAAAAUUUCAACAACACGAACAACAAUGGCACUAGCAAAUUAAUAAUCAACAGUACAAAUCAACGAAUACUGAACAUCAAUACGAGCAGCGCAGUCGCUGCUGCUUUAGGAGGGACAAUUCGUCGAGUUAGUGGAACUGGUAAUGAUGGAAGUGGAGGUAUUCAUUUGCAGAUUCAGGGCACCGAUGGGAUCCGGAGAAUUACAACUGGUAAUGGAAAUGAUAUUCAACUCCAAAUUCAAGGAAUAUCGUCACCCGGUUCGGAUCAUUCGAAUGCUUCUUCGUCAACCUCUGUAAAUGCUGCGGGAAGUGGAACCAGUGGGGCUGGCACCGGAACAGGUACCACUGGAAACAUCAUAUUUAACAACAUGUCAGGCCUAAGUGCUUUACUAGCGACCACCACUUCACCAUCUCCUCAACAAGCGGUUUCUACUGCAGUGGUGGACAACGGUUCUGCACUCACCGUGACAAACACCUCUAAUCUAAGCAGUAAUAAUAGUAGUAGCAACACUAGUAAUAAUAAUUCAGCAUUAAUUGAAAGACUGACUUCAUCUAGUAAUAUAAACCUAACCAAUAAUCUUCCGAAUGCGAGCCCUGGGCUGCAAUUUACGAUACCAUCGCCUAAAACUCCCCAGCAGCAGCAAUCUCAGCAGCAGCAUUUGCAGAUACAGUCCCCAUCGUCGUCGAUAUCACCACUAUCUAGUCCUCCGCCAUCGGUUUCGCUUCAUCCACAACAGCAACAACAACAAGUUCAGCAAAUCCAACAGCAGCAACAGAUACAGCACCACCAUCAUCCCCAGCAAACGACCGUCAACUUGCAGGGUCUGAACUUUGCUAGUCUGCACGGUGCAAUGGCGUCGAUUCCAGGACUACAGAAUGUUCAGGUUCAGAUCCCCGGUCUCGCGCAACCAAUCUCCUUAUCUCUUUCAUCCGCUCCGUCCUCCGGUGCGACCGGUGUACUAAACGCAGCUAACAAUGGUGCCGCAGGCGGUAACACCGGUCAUCAUCAAACAACUAGUUUACUGGUAUCCGUUCCGGUGUCUAAUUCUGGCAGUGCUGGUGCUGCCCAGUUGAAUGCGCUGAACACUGCUGGAAAUACCACUAACAAUGUGACUGGCGGCGGAACAGCCAACAUGCUUAAUGCAAAUUCUCAAGCCACCACGCAAACGGUGGUACUCGCUAAUCCUCAAACGAGUGGUGGUGGGUCUAGUCUGCUCUCUUUGCCAAUUGGUAAGAUAGCCGUGAUCUGUCUGUAGCGUAUACAUCCGAACCGAACUAAUGUGUUUCAAUUUUUAGCUCAAAUUGUUACCUCCGGAAUGAAAGGCCUAGGACAGCAAAGUAUACGUGCCGGAACGCCUCUAACAGUCAACACAGGUCAACCAGGUCAGCAAAUUCAACUGCUUAAUAUUAGCCAACGACCCCGAAGCGGUCAGCUUCCAGUGGUUACAUCGGUUGCUACACCCAUUACCAAACAAAUCGCUGCUCGUGUAGCACAGCAGCGAGCUAUGUCCGGAUCAACGUUGAAGAUUACAAAUCCUAUUACGGCUACACAUCAUGGCCAGCAACUGGGUCAAACGUUAAAUGUGACUACCAGUGCUGCACCAAAUCAGUUGGUCAUGACUACCAAACAACUACAGCUCAAACUUCAACAGCAGCAACAUCAGGUCCAACAACAGCAACAAACCCAACAGAUAAUAACUACUUCCAACCAGCCCGCCGCCACACAGAUUCACAUACAACAACAUCAGCAACUGUCGCAAGCCCAACAUCAGCUGCAGCAAGUGCAUGCCAAUCAGCAGACACAGCAAAUCAGUAUCAUUAACAAUAGCGUCGUAUCGCCACUUCCUCUGCCAACCAUCACGCCUCCGCCAGCACAGCAAUCUGUCACGCACCAUCAAAGCGUGGUCAAUACUCUAGCAGGUAAAAAUCGGCGAAGAUCCGCGGCCGACAUUAAUAAGUAAGCGAAUUCAUCCCCAAAAACUGUUCUUGUUUCUGCCUCCGCAACUCUACUGCCGAAGCAGUCAUACGUAUGCAAUGCACACGGUAAACACGGGAAUCCACUCACGACAACAGCUCGUUUUAGUCACUUUAGAUUUAAGAACAAAUUAGCGCAGUCUCUCCCAGAAUGGUGGGACGACACUAUCGAGCAGAGUUUAUUUGAUCAAGGAAUAAACAAAGUUUUUUUUUAUUCAAAACAAUAAAAUUACUCUACCAUUUAGAGCAAGAAGAAGAAUGUCGUUGUCUGCGGUUCGGUUCGGUUAGAAUAGUUGUGUUGAUUCGCUCGUAGCGGCUGGAAGAGAUAAUCUAAACAACUAAUCUUUAAUUGUCUAAAAUACUAUCGAGAUUGAAGUCUAUUAUACUAGGCAAUUUACAUCACACUGUACUUUUUUAUCAGUACAGUUUAUUUGAACAUUACCGUGUCUCGAAAGUCAAUUCAAUUUAUGUACUCUGCAUUGCGAUUGUGUUGCCAUCUUGGAUACAAUACAGUUGACGAGACAUUCCCUUUCGUAAAGCAAAGUCUCGGCAUUACAUUCCUUUUGUGGAAUUUGGCCUUUCUGUUUCAACAGACUUCGCAGUCGAUUCUUAGCGUACAGAAUCAUUGCAUGGCUAGUACUACGAUCCUACUGACACUAUGAAUCCUUCCAGGUCGAGGCUCGAACAUAUGACAACUGGCUUGUAAGACCAGCGCCAACCUCGGGUUUCCCUUUUGUAAUAAAUGCUAUAUUUAUCUACCAUUAACGUGUUGAACAGAUUUGCCUGCUUUUUGUUUUCCUUAGAUAGAUGAUGAAUGUCAUAUAGCAUGCCACUCAGUUUAUCGAAAUCAGAAAACGCUCUUGGUUGAUUUUAAAAUCGUAGGGUAUUGUCAUCGAACACACUUUUCACGAAACUGCGUUAGAUUCGCACUUAGCAACGGAAGUGUUAGAAAAUCCGAUGUAUGAAUCAGACUCGAAUUUAAAAUCAAUUUGAGGUUUGAACCUGGCUUCAAACAAAUUGUCUAACAGAAGUUAGGAUGGAAAAUGAGUUAGGUUUGGCAUCAAACAAAAACGACGUGUUUACAAACUCAAAUGGAAGGUCUUGUGAACCCAUACUAUUAUAUUUUGUUUGGAUUUCACGUCUGGUUUCGGAAUAACAGAGUGGUAGGUAAAUUGCAUCAAUAGUCAUCUCAUCAAUCGAGUCAGCAAAUUAUUUUGUUUAUUACUCGGGCUACAAUCAACGGAUUGUGUUGUAAUCGGUCGAUGUAUAUUGGCUUCGGUUCUAAGAAGUAAUAUUACUGGAAAGAUAAACAGAAAAAUGUGCAAUACUUCUGUUAUGGGACGCGUUAGUUUGAUGCGUUUGAGCCUAUUUUCAUCUUAUCAUUUGAGCCAAUGUGUUUAACAGAGAACUCUCUAAGUAAUUGUUUUCCUUUAUGAUAUUGAUUGUGGAGCUGAGAUGAUAAGAGGGCAGUUACCCUUUGUGCAAAAACUAGAAAUGUUCAUUCACCUUUCUUAAAAAUGACUGAACCAUUUUCAACAAACAUAGAUACAAUUGGAAGAAAAUCUAGUCUUAUAGGCUGGUCUUAUCGAAUUACAUUCCUAUCCGACUUUCGGUUCCGGAACUACAGAGUGAUAUGUGUUAAAAAGAAACUAAUGUGCAAUCAAUUUUCUCAUAGAUGGGUGGACCAAAGUAAUUCGCCUUAUAGUCCGAUUCAGGGUUGCGAACGGUACAGGAGAAUGACACGAAACAGCAGAUAGUCAAAACGCACAAAUGGCAAUAGCCGUCGACUGCAUUUCGCAGUGACUGCAGUGGACGACAAAUGUUAUAGAUCUCAUGACAUUUUCUCUCGUGAAUGUACGCGUAUGUCAGUUGUCAAUUCCAAAAUCCUACAGCUUUUGAGUGAUAGUUACCAACAAGGCUCAUCUCUGUAAUUCGAUUCAUGUCGAUUUUCAUGCGGUAUUUAAGAAUCCAUUAAGAGUGAACACCGCGAGAUAGCAUGAAGAUGAUUCUUUUGAUAUAUCCCAUGUAUUUGGGAAAAAAGUGGAUGACUUCUUUAAUUAAUUUGAGUUAGAACAAAUGGAAAUGAACCUUACCUUACCUUAUCAAACGUAUGAUUCAAAACUGUCCUAUAUACUUGAACAUCUCGGAUGAAAUUUGAAAGUAUCAGUUUACAUACAGAUUUGACUCGGGCAAUAGAAAAAAUUAUUGCUGUUCGGGUAGUUUUGUUUUAUUUACACCAUUUAGCUUGAAUUUGAAUUGUAGAAGCAACAGCAGCUCUAGAUUGAUUGUUCGUUGUUGAUUGUUCAUGUUUCAUACCAGACAAGCGAAAUCCUGCAUUCCUGUUACUUUUGUGUAUGAAAUUCAACUAAAUAGUUUUAAUAUUUUAGAAACAGCUGCAUGGAACAUGCUUUGUGAUUAAAUUUUUACCAUGACAAUUAUUGUCACUAUAAAUUUUAUGUUAUAAAGGCUGAUCAUGCUCAUGUGUAAUUUUUAUCGCAAUCUUAUAAAAAGAUCAAAUAGAUUCAAAUUGGUUUUUAUUAUCGGUAUCACUUCACAGUGGAAAUCAAGUGAAGUGAAUGUAGAUCCUGAUUACGAAAGCCGCUUCAGAGAAAAAGGUAAUUACUGGGAUGAGCUUGAUGUUAUUAUGAACAUCACGUGUCCAACCUUUUGUUGGAAUUUUUUUUUCACUACAGUGAUCGCUACAAUGUGCGUGAUACUGGUAAUGGGCAAAAUCAAGUGAUAUGAUAUGCAAGUGAAAGUGGAAGUGAGCACGGUAACAGUAAUAAAUACAUAUUUUCGCAUGAAGUAUAUUCAACACUGUGUUAGAUAGAGAUUUUCAACCGGAGGUUGGUUCGUCUAUGUUUAGAAGCUAGGUGAUGUGAACAGUUGGGUGUAUACGGGAAUGGAACAUGUCACUGUUUAAAUUUAAAUUUGUUCAUAUAGAUUUGUAUCCUUGAGGAAGUUUAAAAGUGCGGUUAAGGAAGUACUUAGGGCUUCUCGGAUAUUUUCUAAGAUGUUCCAUUGCGUUUGGGCUCCUUGAUAUUGUGGACAGUUUCAUAUCAAGUGUUUUGCUGAGUUAUGUUGGUUACAGACGAUACAUGGUUUCCGGAAGGAACCCUCGGUCCUUAUGGUGUACGAUAAUCUACAGUGUCCUGUUCGUAAGCGUGGUAAGAUUUUUUUGUUGGUUUUUAUCACCAACAUCUUCCCAACUCUCAACAUCGUUUUUGUUUUUGUCGCAUAAAAAGUGAAUGUAGGUCUUGAUUGGGCCAUGUUGAUCUGAGCUCAGUUGAGAUCCAACGUUUUAGGUCUUACAAUGUCCUUAGACCCAUAUGAAUACUGUGUUGGCUGGAGUCAGAGACUGACUAUCCUGGAUCCAUGGGUGAUUGCGGGUGUCUGAAGAGAGAGAAGUGGUAACACUUGCCGAGUCUGUGAAGAUAGCGAUCGGUUUUGAAUCUGACAUGGGUGUGAUCGCAGCGAUAAGAGCCGCGACUGCUGCUGUGGAAAAAACGGAACAUUGAUCUGGUAUACGGAAAGAAGAACUGGUAACGCGGUCUGUGACACCGAUUCCAACUCGAUCAUUUGCUUUUGAGCCGUCCGAGAAAUUAAUGUGGUAAUCCUAGUAGCAAGUUUGUUGUAGUUUCGUGAUUGCUUUAGUGACCGCAGAGGGUUUAUCGCUUGCUUUAAAAAUGAUUCUUAAUAGUGGAAUCGUUCUGUAUGCGGGGUGCGUUUCAUUCUCUGGCUCCAUUCCAAUGGAACUCAGCCACCGGGGGUGCUCUUGAUUGGUGUCUUUUGAUAGAAGUCGAUUCGCCUCGUCGUGGAGGACUGUCGCAGUUUGAGGUGGUUCUUUCUAGAAACGUUUCUGUUACUCGAAAAGAAAAGGGUAAUCUGCCACUUUCGAUGCAGGCUGCCGUACAAGAAGUGGAAGGUAGUAGUUCCGAUGAUAUGUUGAUUGCUUUGUUGUAGACCGGUGAUAGGAUUGAUGUGAGAGAGUCCGUCGAUAUACCCGUCAGCUCGAUGCCGUACAACAGUUUACUAUCUACGAUUUUUUGUUUUAUCCGCCUGUUCUUAAUGCUGGUUAGGAAAAUUAUGCGCGACCUCUUAUAUUACUUCGCAGUCUGUUAUGAGCAAGUUGGAAUCAUAGUUCCGAAGAGAGUGUACUAAAUACUCUGAGCAAAAUAAAUAUCCAACACACUGCUCAAAACUGAAAUUGAACCAGUGCGGUGUAAAGCAAAGUAAUGUAAACACCGUAGUUCACACUCAAGUUUUCGCUACAGUGCGGCCAAAGCGUAUACGACAGGCCAGUUAUGAAAAUAUAACAUUUUGAGUACCACAACGCAAGCGGUGUGCUUUGAGUGCUGGGAGAGAGUGCGAAAAAAUAAACUGCUUCAAAUAUUGGUGUCUUGUGUGUCCUGGCUCUAAUUAUUGUUAUCGUGUCAUAUGCGUGUUGACUGCUGUGGUAGCUGCGCGUAUCGUUUGUAGUGACUUUCUUAUGCCUUUCUCAUAUUACUUACAUUUUCAAAAAUAGAAUUUUUUUUCAAGCUUGAAUAAAAUUUGAAACUUUCUUUUGGAUAUAAACUAACAUAACCUUUUCAAUUUGUGAACAGUUAUGCCAAGUUAUUAAGAAUUCUUUUUAAUUGCAUCGCCGCACAAAUGACAGUUUGAAAUUUUAAACACACUUUACCCUAUAGUUUCGGAACCGGAAUUCGGACCGGGAUUCACCUUUUCGGGCCAGAAAAACUUUCUGUUCCUAUGUUCGGGAUUGGAAAUCGAACCCAGUUAGGCUGCGUGAAAGGCAUCACCCGUUCCCUCGAUUCGAUUUUAUAACAUUUCCUUUCCGGCAGCGGCUUUUAUUUCCUAUACAGAUUUUCAAUACAGAAUUUUGAUCCCCUGAUAUAGAAUUGAAGAUUUUUCUCCUGAAAAAUAUAGAUUUAAAUGUGGAAACCCUGCACCCUUUCUUUUGAAUCUGAGUUUGUGGAAAUCGGUACAGCCAUCUCUGAGAAAAGUGAGUCAUUAUUUGUCACAUACACACAAACAUACAUACAUACAUACAUACACACAUACAAAGACAUUUUGUGAUCUCGACGAACUGAGUCGAAUGGUGUAUGGCACUCGGCCCUCCAAGCAGAUUGUAAAAAACUUCAAAUUCUUCUAAAUGACAAUGUCGAAACGAGAAGAUUUCAUUCGUAACUAAAGUCGACUAUAUCGUUUUCCGAUUCCAGAAGUAGCGGUUAAAAUCUGCUUUGUUAGACUGGCGUCAGAAACCGCCGACCCAAAAAAUAACACAGAAAUAACACACUUAUAAUAAAGGUAUCAUUACACAAGUGGAUUAAAACAGAUGUUUGUAUCAUCUCCAGAGUAUUGAUUACCAGACUUUUAUUAUGUUUGCUAAUAUUAUUCAUUAAUUCUUCUUAUUCGGUUUAAAGCACAUUGGCAAACUACCUCAUUUCAUCAUAAUAUUGUCAUUACGAGGGUUGCUUUUUAUAUAAUUUCAAAAAGUAAGAAAAAUAAUUUAGCUCCUUGGAAAAUGGAAUUAUUGUUUUCCAAAAUAUUCUCCAUGAUACAGUUGUGUAUGCGAGUGAUUCCAAUCCGAUUGAGACACCUGCUAAAUAAACAUGUUUUUGAUUGCUUCAACAGCAUCUUCUGGCUUCGAAAAUCGUUGACCACGUAUUUUUUCUGGAUGUGUGGAAAUAAAAAGAAGUCAUUUCAUCAAUUCGAUGUUUUGACCGGCCAAAUUGGCGCUGUUCUGAGCUGAUGUGUGCGAGCUCGCAUUGUCAUCUUCUUUUGUUUAGCGAAUUUCUCCAAAGUCAACUUGAAGUCAACAAAAGAUUGUGUACCACUCAGAAUUAACCGUCCUAACGUUAAUAUAGUGGUACAGUUGCCAUGUAACCCGUUCUACCAGCUCAUGCGCAUGCGAUUCGUCACCAAUCACGAUCUUCAAUACAUCUUUUGAGCUUCAACGGUUGUAUUUCUUAAGCAUUUUCUUGCUCCAAUCGACCAAUUUUCCUUUAGAGUGAUUGUCAGGUUAUGCAGAAUUCAGUGCGAAUAUCGGCCCUUAUUACCGGCCCUUAUUACGCGCUACACGGAAAAAACAAAGCAAAGUGAUUGUAACUCUUAUUAUUGGUUAUUGUCCGCCAUUUCGGAUAAUGGGGGAAAUUUCUAUUGAAAGAAUUACUUCGUACUGCGACAUAUUUUCUCGAAUGUAAUGCACCGUGAACCUAGUUGUGAAUCGAAGCGAAUGUAAUUUUAUCUCAUUCACAUCUAAACGUGAGCUACAAGCAUUGUUGAAUUGUAUUUUAUAUACAUCUUUUACAUCUAUAUGAUUUCGUUCUUCUAGAAAGAUUUUAACUUCGUUCGCUGUUGAAAUUAAUACAGAUUGAAUAUGGUCGCGAAGGCCAAGUUUUAGAGUUUUUUUUUAUCUCUAUUUAAUUAACUCCGGCUUUAACCUCCCGGGGUGAUGAUUUAGUUACAAAAUUUCAAAUAUUGUGAAAUUCUAAAAGUCUGUAUAAUUUCAACAGUUGCACUAUUUAUGUACCAUUUAAUUCCACUAUUUCGCUGUCACGUUAUUACACUUUCACAAAGUCACUAUACUUUAAUGAAGCAUAACAAACGUUACAAUACAGAUACGCGUAUUUCGGAAUGUUAUUUACAUCCUUCUUCAGUGUAUCGGUUUUAUAAGUUUGAAAAAAAAUACUGUAUAAUUUGUUGGGGUAAAAAUUUUUCCGUCUGCGUCGUUAUUCUUACAUAUUCAUUACUUUUUUUUUAAAUCGGCAGCGUAUUGAUUAAAAUAUGAUCGAGGAAAUCAUUUUCAAUGUUCAACACGUUAACGUGAGCUUAAGCUUUUAGACACAAAAAUAAAGUUGUCUGAACCAGUUAACGAGCAAUCAGAGACUCAACGAUACCGAUGUGCGUAACCCGACAUUUGCGUACGGCCAAACAAACAGGAAUGAAAGGAAUGAUUGUUUAGGGAUUUGGUUGAAACGAGUAAAAAAUAACAUUUGCAUUAGGAGUGAUAGCCUCGUGUGCCGUUGUAAUACAACAUGUGAGUCGAUCAAUAAAAUGCUCUUAUAAAAAAAAUCGAUAUCACAAAAGCAAAAAUUGUUUGUGCAACUCUAGAGUUCAGUUUCUAUUGUGUCAGGAUCAAAUAAAUUGAGAUGAAUUCGUUGAUAUUAGGAUGUAACAUGUAAAAUAUAUAUAUUUAAUUAAUUUUGUAGAAGAAAACCAAGUGCGGACAGUCAUCUAGUUGGAGAGCUUUCUUGUCAAACGGCUGGUGGUUUACAGUUAAAAAAUACGAUAAACUUGCAUAUAAUAAGAGAAAAGCUUAAGGUUAUGAAAUGUUUAUAAAGCAGUCUAAAACGCAACAAAAAGCAACACAAUUUGUUCAGGUAAAGAUUGCACGCGCCACGAGCUCUCAUCAUUACCAAGUAAUGAAGGUAGGGUCACUGAUUGAAGGUUUGCCUGUAGCAAUAAAAGAUCUUUAGGUGAACAUACAAUGUACCUAUAAUUCAUACGGGACAAUAGCACGCAAGAAUGAGAGAUGCUUUUCGAAAUUGUUUAAAGAAUCACAGUUAAGGUUAUUGAUUAUUUUGUUUAUGGUUUGAUUUAUCAGUAAAAAAUACACAAAAACCAUGGUGUUCAAAAGCAAGAAAAAACUAAGCGUGGAUCAAAAGACGAACCUAAUAACUCGUUUGUGUCUACGUUGCUGAAAUUUCUUAGUUAGAUAAGUCAGCGCGAGCUCUCAGUUAGCCGUAGGAGAACGUCAUGCUCUGAUGUUGCUUCUUACAGCUGGUGUGUAACCAAAAUGUCGGCAGCCGAUUUUCUCUCGUUUUAAAUGUACAUUUCCUUUCAUAGUUUUUGUAAAUAACAAUAUUCACGCUGAUAGGGUUUAGUUUUUAGAUGCUUGAGGGAAGCAACAUAAGCAGAUCAUUUUUACGCUUGUUUUAGCAGAAUUUUUCUUUUCAUUAACGAGAUUUGAAUUUUCUGAUGAAUGAAAAAAUGGAAAACUAGAACUCAUGUAAUAUAAUAAAUCAUCAAACAAAUAGUCCUGUCGGCACGACCCGGCUAUCUAUUUGCGCGAAAAGUA